ACACACACGGCGGACCUAAGCUGCAAGGCAUUCCCCCGCACGACCUACCACUUUCCCCUUUGCUUCUUUCUUCACCACGUCAUUGUCAAACUUCGUCUGAUGUCCCGGGUCAACACCAUGUCAACUUCGACGAGCAAGACGGUCGCACCAGCCAUCGGCGGCGCAAGUAGCAGCUUCGCGACGGGCAACCCACUACUGCGUCGUUACAUUGCCGCUCUGGAGGCCAACCCCUUGAGGACAAAGCAGCUCACCUCGGGCAUUCUUUCUGCCCUCGCUGAGGUCCUCGCAGGCCAUAUUGCAGGAACCAACCCCGCACAUACCCACUCAAAGGCCACGACCUCCAGCGGCAGCCCGAUGGAUAUCGUCACCUCCACGCUGCGCACCAUUGGCCUCGAUGCUCGAGCAGCCAAGAUGUUCAUCUACGGAUCCCUCGUCUCAGCACCCUUGAACCACCACAUGGUUGGCGCACUGCAAAGAGCAUUCGCAGGUCGCACGACACCGCGUGACCGUAUUCUCCAGAUCAUCGUGUCACAGCUCACGGUGACUGUCGCCUCCUCUGCCGUUUACCUCGCAAGCAUGGCAGUGGUCAAUGGAGCUCGCUCCUCGGCCGCUGUCCUCGCAGUCCUCAAAGCAGGACUGUGGCGAAUGCUCCAGAUCUCUUGGGUCACCAGUCCUCUAGCUAUUGCGUUUGCGCAGCGUUUUCUCCCGCUGGAGAUGUGGGAGCCCAGCUUCACACUACUGCGCUUCGUGCUUGGAACGUAUUUCAAUACCGUUGCCAAGAGGAAGCAGGUGGCUCUGGCGAGGCAGCAGAAGAGGAAGGAGGAGCUCAAGAAGAGCGCAGCUGGUGGAGCGGGUGGAUCUAAGGCGGUGGGUGAUGAGGAUAUUCAGGCAAAGGCUGCGGAGAAAAAGUAGUGGGAGAGCGAGAAUUGCAAUCUGGUCCACGAUGUGAUGUCAUGUAGUGUGUAUUCCAAUCUACUACUCUGUACUGCCUUCGUUCCAUUCCCACCCUCUCUCACGCAUUCCU